AUGUCUUCUGUGUGGAAGUUCUUCAAAAAAGGAGACAACAACAAUGAUUCAGCUUCUUGCAAUUUGUGCGGCAAGUCGUAUAAAACGUGCGGUAAUACAACCAAUUUGGCCACUCAUUUAAAAAAUAGGCAUCAUUUUGCUUAUUUGCAAAUGAUGAAAAUGCCUAGUUCAUUGAAAACAACUAAAUCUAGUGAAGAAACUGAAGACGCUGCGGCAGUAGACUUGAAUAACUCCAAUCUUAGUUUGCCAUCCACUAGUACUGGUUAUAAAAAUUGCCAGCAAAGUCAAGAAGAUGUCACAGUCAAUCCUGCUGAGAUGGUUUAUCAUGAAGCUAAAAAAAGAAAACAAAGCACCUUAGUAGCUUGUUUAGAGAGAGGCUCAAGCUUCGAAGUUAAUUGUGAUGAACAUACACAUACUUAUAAAGAUGGAGAGCAGGUCGUUCUGUGGAUGAACACCGUUGGCCCAUAUCAUAAUCGACAAGAGACGUAUGCGUAUUUUUCUUUACCGUUUUGUGUGGGUACGAAAGUUACAAUCGGGCAUUACCAUGAAACCUUAUCCGAAGCAUUGCAAGGCGUUGAAUUGGAAUUUAGUGGCUUGGAUAUUACAUUCAAAGACAAUGUUCCAGCGCAGCAGUUUUGCGGCAUAGAAUUGAACGAUCAGGCUUAUAAAGCGCUUGUGUAUGCGGUGAAAAAUCAUUAUUUGUAUCAAAUGUACAUAGAUGAUCUACCAAUAUGGGGUAUAGUAGGCGAAAUCGACGGCGAUCACUAUUAUAUUUGGACUAACAAGAAGUUCGAUAUUGGUUGUAAUGGUAACAGGAUUGUAGAAGUUAACCUUACCGCGGAAAACAAGGAACGACUUGUACCUGAUGCUAAGAUCCCUUUCACUUACGAGGCUCAUUCGGGACAGUACAUAAAAGAAUGCUGGGAAGAAAUUUGUGAAGAAUUUCAUAUAGACAAAAAUAAAAUUGUUGCCAUUACAACUGAUGGGGGUGCAAAUAUAGUGGCGGCAGUGCGAUUGUUUUUAGGGAACGAUCGCAGAAUUUCGUGUAUGGCACAUUGCCUAAAUCUUAUUGUUGAUGGGGUGUUGAAAGAAAAUCAGGCAUUUUCAGCUCUUUGCGAUCACGUAAAUAGCAUCGUGACGUAUUUUAAACAAUCCGUAAAUGCGAUGGAUCAAUUACGCUCUGAACAAGAAGUAUCUGGAAUGCAAGAAGGGGAGGUGUUGACAUUAACACAAGCCGUCACCACAAGAUGGAACUCGUGCUUUGACAUGUUAAAAAGAUUUACCACUCUUUCUGCACUAGUAGCUAAAAUUUUAGCUACUAAAAGUCAGACAAGCCGAAAUACACCCGACAUGGUCGCAACUUCUCAAUUAAAUAUUAUACGAGAUAUUGUGGCUAUUUUAGGCCCAUUCAAAGAAGCCACGGAAGUAAUAAGUGGGGCUAAUUACGUGACUUCCAGUUUAGCCAUUCCGGUUACAAAUUUGAUUCGCCAAGCAGUGGAAACUUUAAGUCCAUCUACAAGUUUGGGGCUAAUUGUUAAAGAAGCUCUUCUUAAAAAAGUUCAAGAAAGACUGGUACCUUUACAAGAAAAUUCAUAUUUGUCCGCAGCAACAAUAUUAGAUCCGCGUUUUAAAAAAAUUCAUUUCAAUUCACCAAUUGCGGUUUCACAUGCCAUAGCCAAAAUUAGUAAUGAUAUUCGGAGCGAACACCGACGCAGGGGUCAAUUUUCCCCUAAUCUUAGAACGAUCCAAAUAGGAAAAGCACAAGAAAAAACUGAGAGUUCAAUUUGGUCUGGGCAUGAAAAAUUAUUAUCCCAGUCAACAACCGUGCCCGAGGUCCCGAGCUCUGGCUCUGUGCCCAAUGAACUCAAGCAAUACCUUGAUCAACCUCUCAUUGAGAGAAAGGCUGAUCCAAUAAAAUUUUGGACAAAUUGCCAACAUUUUACGCCAGUUCUUUCAGAAGUCGCCCUUAAAUACUUAAUUUGCCAGGCUUCUUCGGUCUCUUCUGAAAGAGUUGCAUCAGCUGUGAAUAUAACUGUACCCGACAACAGAAGCCGCUUGACAGGAGAGCACGUCAAACAGAGAGUGCUAAUAAUGUCAAUUUCGGAUGAAUAUUGGUUUGAUUAG